UAGCAUGAUUCCCCUUUGUUUACAACUUGAUUAUUUAAUGCUGCAGUGAUAAUAUUAAUAUAAAUAGAUCUCUGAUCUAGAGCUAGUCUAGAUUUACUUUUCUUAUCCUGUCACAGACUCAUAGAUCUACUACUCAUAGGUCUAGAAUCUAAAUAGCAAGUCGAUAGAAACGUACAUUUCAAAUAUUUCAAUUGUGAUUCUAAGCUAUGGGUACAUCAGUCAAAGAUAUUGUAAUCCCAAGUAAUGCUCCCAAAUCACUUCUGCUACUGAAGCAUGCAGACUACAUUGUUUCUUAUGGAGAAAAAAAAGAUGACUAUGAAUAUGUGAUGACAGAAUAUCUGCGAAUGAAUGGCAUGUAUUGGGGGUUAACAUCUUUGGCUCUGGUGGGGCAUCUUGACAAAAUGAACAGGUCAGAGGUAAUAGAGUUUGUUCUGAAAUGCCAGCAGGACUGUGGUGGCUUCAGCUGUAGCAUUGGACAUGACCCACACCUACUUUCUACACUUAGUGCCAUACAGAUUCUCACAUUGUAUGAUGCAGUUGAAUCAGUCAAUACUGAUGCUGUGGUAAGGUGGAUCAAAAGUUUGCAGCAGACGGAUGGUAGUUUCUAUGGUGACAAAUGGGGAGAAGUAGAUACAAGGUUUUCAUUUUGUGCUGUAGCUUGUCUAGCAUUGUUGGGUCGACUGGAUGAAAUAAACGUUGACAAAGCUGUGGAGUUUGUUGUGUCCUGUAUGAAUUUCGAUGGAGCUUUUGGUUGUCGACCUGGCAGUGAGUCUCACUCUGGCCAGGUGUAUUGUUGUGUUGGCAUGUUGUCACUGGCAGGAAGACUUCAUCAUGUCAAUGCUGAUCAACUGGGCUGGUGGUUGUGUGAGAGGCAGCUUCCUUCUGGUGGAUUAAAUGGUCGACCAGAGAAAUUACCAGACGUGUGCUACUCCUGGUGGGUGUUGGCCUCACUGAAAAUUAUUGGACGUUUACAUUGGAUUGAUAAGAACAAACUGGUAGAGUUUAUAUUGGCUUGUCAAGAUGAGGAAACUGGAGGAUUCGCAGACAGGCCUGGAGAUAUGGUCGAUCCUUUCCAUACAUUGUUUGGUUUGGCUGGUCUGUCACUUCUGGGAGACACCACUGUUAAAGCUGUGAAUCCAGUUCUAUGCAUGCCUGAAGAGUUGUUAAAGAAAUCAAAGAUUCAAUUCCAAUAUUUGUAGCAUAAGAAGAAAGCUAGGAUAAAUGACAUUCCUGAAUGGAAAUAUAACACCAUCAUGCUACAAAACUGGGUUCUCGUCUGAAAGGAAAUAGUAAGUCUGAAUAAACUGACAUAGAUAAGCAAUAUCAUCACCAGAAGAACAAAAUAUUGUGUACAAUAUGUGAUAACAAAUUUAAAUUAUAUAACGAAUUUUUUUUUGUUACAUCUGAACAGACCAGAAUUAAAAAAAAAAAAUGAUUCAGUUCUACCUUAUGUUAUAUCUCGUAUGCACCAAGAUUAGUGGCGAUGAGAAUGAAAUGUUCAAAUAAAGAAAGAUGCUCCUAGUUACAAAGUCUGAAGAAAUGACUACUACUGUUUUAAGUCUUUAAAAAGAUAAAAUUGAUUUGAUCCAAAGCAAAUGUGAAAUAGAUAAACAAGUUAAAUUUAUUUACCUUUCUAUAGCAAUGGCUAAAAAUGGAAUUUAAUUGGGUUAUAGGGUAAGGGAUGUAACCCUGCAAGUUUUAAAUUAUGACUGCUCAUUUUUCUGUCUAGUGUGAACACAGUUGUUUAUAUAUUAUAUUAAAUGCCAUGUGUUUGUUACCAUGAUUAAAAAAAAAGCUGCAUUCAAGCUUCUGUUUA